CUGCGCCCCCCGGGGAAAACUACGUCAUAAUGACCCCUCUCACAGAGACAACCAUAUUUCUUGGUAGUGUGUCACCUGGACAGGUAACUCUCGUGUGAUCACCGGUUUGCUGUCAUUAAGUACCCCCACCACGUCUUAAAGAGUCCAAAGGAAUCUUCGACGGCAGAUCCUCAGCAUGGCGCCAACGGGAAGGAUUCCUCAUAUCUUCACCUUGAUCCUGUUUCAAGUCGUCAUAAGUAACCAACAGGCCGUGGUCCUUCCUACAGUGAGGAUUCCUACAGCGAUUUCUUCGUCCUUCACCAGUAGAGGUCUGGACGACCAAACUGUUGCGAGAGCGGCCAACACUAUCAACUGGAGGUCAAAGUUCUACAGGUUCCUCCAGUGCAGGUUAAACGGUGACGAACUCAAUGAAGAUGACCUUGUUGCUGUGGAGGCUAGAGUACUAGCUGCGUUAAAGCAACCGAAGCUGAAUGCUAUCAGUGCGCCUGCGCUCCGACACCUGCUGACGUCCGCAGACAUCGCCCGGGAUGUCCCGUCAGUUGUUUAUAUCCUGGAGAACAUUGACCUCGUCAAGUUCUUCGACAUUCUUCAAAUCGCCGCCUCCACAACAGCAGUGCAGGGACAAAGCCAGCAGCCAGAUCGGUCCGUGGUCUUGCCCAGUCGGCCCGUCAACGGACUGCCCAUAUCAACACCACUGAGGGACGCCAUUCUCAAUAUUGGGAUGAAACAUAUGCAAGGUGAUCUAGACGAGGCGUGGCAGGACAGCCUGCCGAAGUUGUCGCCUUACCUGCCGGGUAUAACUGUGGGGCAUGUCAACAAGGUCAAGGAGUCCGACAUGGUCGCCGACAAACUUCUAGAACUCUUGCAGAACAUCCGGCCCAGACUGAGCGGUGCUGUACGAGCUAACGUUGUUCGGUACUUCAAGCGAGUCAAGGCAGGCAACUGGUCAACUGAAGAGAACGUCAUCAAUUCACUGGGAGUGUUUGUUGGUGACAUCAGUCUGAACGAUGUAGACAACAUAACCAUCGACACAUGGAAACUAGUGUUUAACUCCCACCGACUGGAGGAUAUCGACACCACACUAGCCCGCGGCAUUCUGGAUAAACUCCUGUAUGCAAACGUCACCGUGACGGAACCGAUAUACAACGUUCAGAAACUUGGGAAGCUGACGUGUGUGCUACCCGAGGCGCUGGGGUACAGGGCGAACUCCCUGAGUCAGGACGUGUGGAGAGAGCUAGCGCGGGUUCUGCACAAGUGUAACACAGGAGUCCUGGGACGUCAUGGAAACCAGCUGUCCAGACCAGGCAGGAAGCUGGCUCAGAGAAUCGCCAAAUCGCUGAUCCCGGCACCGGCCUCUGCCAGUGUCACUGACCUGCGGAACGUUGGCCCCGCCAUUGUCGGCCUGUCGGUCAGUGACCUGCGACAGCUCCAGGGCAGGAGAGUGUUUGACGCCAUUUCUGAGCUCUCACAGGCCCGGGGACUGUCCAGAGCACAGGCACAAGCUCUACUUCAAAAGUAUGUUGAUGGAAAAGGGUCUGCAGUGACCACUGCGGACCUUACCCGCCUGGGUACCAUCGCAGCAGCAGUGGACAGUGGUACGCUGGCCCAGUUUACACAGCAGGGUCUGCAGGGCUCACUCUCUACUCUCAUUGGCUCAGCUCACAGGAUGACUCCUGCUCAGAGGAAGGCCAUUGUGAAAAAGAUUGUUGGCAACAGUCCUGACAGUGUUGUGAAUGACCUUGGACCUCUGAUCUCUGACCUGUCUCUGGGAUCUGUGAAGAAUGUGUUCCCAUCACAACAAGACAUCCCCACACUGGCUACACUUCCCUGGAGCCAAGCACAGGCAGCAAAUCUGAUCAAGAGGAUAAAAGAGAGCCGACAACUGACUCCAGCUCUGGUUGGGACGUUCGGGACCCUGCUGCGUGGAAUAAGGUGCCCAGACAUGGACGAUGUAGCUCUACAGGACAUAGUGGAAGUGGUUGUGACCCUGUAUGAUUACGUGGAUCAGCUGCCAAGAGGAGUGAGAGUUUGCUUGGCAAAUGCCACACAGGUAGCCAUGAACAUCACACUGAAGAGUGGCCGUGUGACAGGCUCCACUGGUGCUGUGGCCACAGUGCCCGGGCAUGUCAUAGCAGAAAUGCGGUAUGAAAUUUUGGCGUCCAUCCCGCGUCCAGACUGUAGCGAUGUGUUCCGUAAGAUUGGAAAACUGGACAUGUCACACUUCCCUCUGUGGUACCAACGGAACAUAACAGCACUGGCACUCACAUGUCUGGGUAAACAAAAGGGUCAACAAUACAGACUGGAUGCCACAGAUGUUGAUGUCUUGGGCAAGUUUCUGUGUCACAUAGAUGACUUCUUUAAGAUUACUGAAGACGCUGUGCUGGAUGCCAUCAACAUCCUGAAGGAAUGUCAGUGUUUCACUUAUAGACAGAGAGAAGCCGUGAAGGACCUGAUCAAGACAGCCUUUGGGAACAAUGCCAGAUGGUGGACAUCCUCUGAGCUGGGCCAGGCUGGUCCUCUCCUCCAUCUGCUGGAUGGAGACAUACAGAGGAUAUCUCAGGAUGCACUGCUGGAUGCUAUAGAUCAGGUACUUCCUGUUCCACAAGACAACAGAGACAUCAUCAAUGCUAAUAGAAGUACAGACAGGGACUGCCUGGCUGUGAAGAGGAACAACAACCUGUAUAGGAGGGUUAUCACAGCAGUUGCCAGGGGCAGGACUUCACCCAUACCCCCAAGGAACAGGAGACAAACCCUGCAGGCGCCCCUCCUGUGUGACCAGGUGCAGCUGCUGGGUGAUGCUGUUGUACAGCUGACGGAGCAGCAGGUUACCUACAUGGAGAACAGAGAGUUCCUGGACUGUCUGGAGGUGUUUGGUGCUGCCCGGGCAAACAGCACAGACUGGGACAGUUACAUGCUGCGCAUACUGAAGAUCAAGACUUUUGCUGCUGCUGGUGGGACUGUCCAACAGUUGACCCCUGACAUCAUGGCGCGGGUCGGUCGCAUUGCGGUGACCUUCAGCCCAGGUGACCUGGCAGCUCUGAACUACGGGAACAUCGACAGUGUUUACGGCAUCGCCAAGCAUUCUAAUUACAGCAAACAACAGUUGGAGUCUGCCUUCAGAGCUUUCCUGAAUCAAAAUGGAAAUGACGUCAGCGCCCUGACAGAGAGACAGCUGAUUGGAUUAGGCAACUUCCUGUGUGGUAUGACCACCUCACAAGUCAGCCAAAUCAACCUGGGUGCUUUCAGUGAUGCAGUGAGCAGUAUCGGCCUGCUAACAGAUUGUGAUGAUGCCAGGCUGACUGCCCUGAGAAGACUGGCAGGAAGACUGUACGGUGCACCGAACACUUGGGGCCAGGACACAAUACUGGAGCUGGGGGUGGUGGCCGCUGGACUGUCAUCAUUUGAGCUGUCAGGGUUACAUGAGGACAGACUGAGAGCUAUCACACCAUUGGCCAUCUCAGUCAUCAGCCCCAACAAAUUCAGGAGUGCAUUCUCAGUGUGGGGACUCGGCAGGUUAGGCCCGUCCCAGGCCAUGGCAGUAACAGACACACAGCUUCGGGCUCUGUCCCAGGCACAGAGGGACGCAGUGUCUGAUGCCACACUGGGACAGAAUGGGAACACAGCUUCCCUCCUACAGGCCAACAUGGUGAUGAUGGUUAUCUGCUUUUGCUGUGCAUUACAAUCAUGGUGGUCCUGAUGUCCUCAAGUUGUGAAGAUGUUAGAAAUCAUAGGAGCUGUUUUAUUUCAAUUGUGAUAUAAGUGCAAGUAUACAUUAAGAGCUUGAAAAUAAUCAUAUGUGUUUGUAGGAAUUCACUUUGAACAAGGAUAUGACUGUGAUUGCGAAGGUUAGAUCCUGCUUGAGAAUGAACAGAAGAUACAGGGCUUUGAAAAGUUUGUCUAAUAUUCCACAACACCAAUUGUGGCAAUGUUCAUUGAACUAUUUCAACUUCUCUGGACGUUGAAGUACGCUACUUUAACUACAUUUGCUUCUCUUCUCAUCCCUGUAAAUACAGAGGUUUUAUCAAGAUUGAACAUCCUAAAUGCUGUACAGGUGAAUCAUAUUGAUUACUUUCUGAUACAAACAUGUAUAAGAUGAUGCUUUUAUAUAUAAAUUUUUAUAUUAAAGGUUUGUCAUCUUGUUUAAAGAGAUAUAUGUCAACAAAGGCUAUUCAUGUGUACAUGUUCAUACUGAGGAAUAUUUCUCAGACUCCUAUUGUAAGUAAGAGAAUUAUGUGAGACAAGAUGUUCAAUCAUAAUUGUUGAUAUGCACAUUUUCUGACAGUUGGUUAUAACUUAAGUUUAUGCAGAAGUUCCUUUUUUUAGGAUUUUAGCAUGUUUCUUGUAUAUCAAGGACAAUUGUAAUACCUUAAAUUGUUGAGUUUGACCAUUUUAGACAUUUUUUUCAAAUGAUGUAUUUGAACUUUAGACAUGUAAGACCUUAAUGUACACAUUGUUACUGAUGUUGCAAGAAAUAAACAAAUUUUUAUUGAA